UAACUAGUACUGAAUAGAGAGAGAAACAAAAGGGAAUUCUCACUUCAUUCAUCCUUUAACAUUGUUACUUGUUUUCUCUUUCUUAUUAUUAUCACUUGGCCUUUUCCGUUUUGGUGGUGAAAUGCGAAUCUAGGGACCAGUUUUGGUUUUACUCUCGUGUGUCUUGGUGUGUUUGUGAUAUGUUCUGGAAAUAAUGGCGCAAACCCACAAAAUUGAAAGGUAGCGAAAAUACAAACGACCCUCCUUUGUUUGAUGCAUGCACGUCUGGUCCCUUGAUCAUGACUACUGAGACUCUCUUUGCAUGUCGUUUUUCAGACCCCUUUUGAUUCUAUUCUCUCUAACAGGGCGACAAAGCCGGGGAAUAAGUGACCAUUCCCAUAUUCAGUUUUUUCUCUCUUUUUUUCUUUCUUCUCCAAUUUCCUCACUGGUUUAUGAAUGGAGGUUACAGAGGUGAAACUUGUUCCCAAUUUAUGGUCUCUGAUUCUGCACAUAAAAAUGAAUUUAUUUGACUGCAGUUUUGCACAUGUCUUGUAGACUGUAGUAGUACACCACUAGUAGUACAAGCCUCCAACACUGCAGAGAAGCAUAGAAUUGGUUUUGAAUUUUGAUGUUGUCUACUCGAAGUUAUGGCACUGUCCCUUCAGAAUAAAAAUGAACCACGGUGAUAAAGAGAUCCAUGCAAAGCAUCCCCUAGUGAUUGACAAGCUCUGAAUCUGAUGGCAUUUUCUAGUUCCUCACCAUCUAUACCAGAAAAAUACAAGAAACUCGUAUCAUCUUUCUUCUGUUCUCCAAAGCUAUUCGCCAAUUUCACAUCCAAAGUGUUGUGUGAAACUGAGGCUAUGAUGAGUCCAACCUACAUACUUGACACCAAGCCCUUCUCUGGCUUGAAGAACCCUUUUCGGUCAGAAACAAACAGCCCCAGAACCCCAGUUUGUGAACACAAGCGUUGUUGGGAUAAGUUGGAUUCAAAGGGGCUUGUUGAUGCUCUUGGUGAAAUAACAUCAAAGUCACAAAGCAGAAUGAUUCUGUUUGGAUCCCAGCUCAAGAUUCAGAAUCAUCCUCCCCUGCCUCAUGCAACACUUUCUCCUAAAUCUGCUUUUGGGUGUGCCAAUUCAGCUUUUGAAACCUCCAAAUCUCCGAGAGUUUUCUCUGCUAGUGAAAUGGAGCUUUCAGAGGACUACACUCGAGUGAUUUCCCACGGGCCUAACCCUAGAACUACUCACAUAUAUGAUAACUGCAUCGUUGAGAGUGGUUGUUUUGAUGUUGGAUGCUCUUCUUCUCCCUUGGAAAAUGUGUUUCUUCCUCCUCACAUCAGCUAUCCCUCCGAGAGCUUCAUGAGCUUCUGUUUUUACUGCAACAAAAAUCUUGGGCAGGAUAUGGACAUCUACAUGUACAGGGGUGAGAGGGCAUUUUGCAGCCGUGAAUGCCGUAACCAGGGAAUGCUGUUGGAGGAGGGGAUGAUCAAAUUGGAAGGUGGAGAUAUGUAUAUGGGUCAUAGUUGAGUUUAUUUCCCGGUGCUACUAAUCUGGCUUGCUUUGCUUCAAAGAGCUUAUAAUAACUCUCUUACUUUUAUUAGUUGCCUUGCCUAGAUUCAUUUUUGGGAGAUAAAGUGGUCCUUUCCUUGAAGAUCCAGGAUCACUGUACCUGGUUUUGUUCUUUCUGUGUAGUCCUGUAGAAGGUGGAAAAGAUUGAAAAUGAAAGCCCGAAAUACUAUAGAGAAGAUUCUUGUGGAAACAAUGAAUUAGGAGCAUGCUAUUUGUUUUUGCAUUGCUCUUGAAGCAGUUCGUAUAUAGUAAUAAUACUAUGAUUGCCCACGUAGGACCAAUCGCAUCAUGUCAACUAGAUUUUUUGAGGAUCUGCGAUUAGAGUGGGAACAGUUUUCUGACUGCACUUGAGGAAUGAUGCCGUGCCAAUUUCGAAAGGGAGAAAUGGAAGAGGCCAAUUUGUGGUUUAUCUUGACAAAAUUAAGAAGACACUAACCAUUAACGUCGAACUUUUAUUUGGUUGAUUGGUAGUUUUUGUAGUGAAGCACAUCUUUGUCCUUGGCUGCUACCGAUAAACUUCACAACCAUUGUUUUUUUUUUCAUGUGGUAAACUUUAGUUUUUUUUUAUAUCUUCUUCUUUUCCGUCAAAUUAUUGACAUAAAUAAAGAAACUGCUCACUAGUGCUAAAGGAACUUUGUAUCAAAA